AUGGAUAUAAAGCUCCACUGGUUCUGGAGGAUGAAAAAUGUGAAAGUUCUCUAUCUGGGGAGGUGCGAUUCAAAGUCCAUCCAAUACAUUGAAGUUAAGUCCUGUAAAUUCCUUGCAGGACUGACGCAUAUGAAGGGGUUGAGGCUUCUGAGUCUUCAGGGGGUUUCAAAGAUCGUAAAACUCCCAGAUUCAGUUGGUAGUGUUAAAAGUCUAAGAAUUUUGGAUCUUAGAGACUGCAAUGACAUUGAGGAACUGCUUGAUUCUAUCAAGUCGCUUGGGAAACUAACACACCUGGACUUGACAAGUUGUUACUCUCUUGCUUGCUUGCCCAAAGGAAUAUCCUCCCUCUUCGAGCUUCAAGUCUUGAAAGGAUUUUUUUUCAGAGAGAAGCACCGAGAUAAGAGAAGUUUAUGCUCGUUUCAAGAUCUAAAGAGGCUGAAGAAGUUGAGGAAAUUGAACAUCACCACCAGCCUUAAGAGUUUCCCAGAAGAUAAACACCUUAAAGCUCUUGAUGAGAUGACUGAGCUUCGCAAACUGACAAACGAAUGGCAAGGGUUGUUCAAGGGAGGAACUACCAUGACCAACCAUAACUCUGUUGGCAAUUUCUUGGUGGGUCUGGAGAAACUUGACCUCCAACAUAUCCCUUACGAAAGUGCACCAGCAUGGCUGGCACCUGAAAAGUUAAAAAAUUUGAAAAAACUGUACAUUAAAGGAGGUAAACUAGAAAGAUUGGGUUAUGAUGAGAAGCAGCAUCUAGGGUGGGAAGUAGAAACAUUGCCAUUGUUGCACUUGCCCGGACUGAGCAUGACAUGGACUGAACUACAGAGGUGUUUUCCGAAUCUUAGCUUGGAAGAAGAUGAUGCCUUCAGUGUAGCAGAGAUAGAGCUCAACUUCCUCUAG